CUGAUCCAGAGGCUGAUGGCGAAGCUGACGAGUCAGAUUCAGACAGCGAGAGUGAUGAAGAUGUUGAAGAACAGGCUUUGAAUGACUACCCACUGGCUGACUUUGAAGCUUUUGCUCGCCGAAGACCCCAAGACGACUUCACCCGAAUAGACGGGUUAGAUCGCCUAGGCGGUCGGGAGAUAGACCGCACCUACAAUUGG